UAAAAUAUUUUCAAUGCGGUGUGGAGAUAGAAUAUAUAGGGGUACUAUUAUUGAAUAGUAUGUUAUAUCUCUGGUCUCGUUGUAUCACGGGUCAUUAUCACAAUUUUAUCAUUUAGAUAUCUACCCAGUAGGUAGGUAUGUACUGCUGCGUCGAUACGAUGAAUUGUACAGAUGUGAAUGAGGAAUCUGUACAAGACUCUAACAACGCAAUUGAUAAUGCUGAAAGCGAGACGGCUGCACAGGAGUCCAGCGGUGCCGACAAGCUAACUACUGAUAACUCUACUUCUACACCUCUUAAUCUGGGACAUAGUGGUACUGUAGCAGCCGACAACGAAUCAAACCAACCGGCCGAAAAUACAACUAUUUCUCCUUCCCCUAACACAGAUGUGAAUGCCCCUGCAUCCCCUGAACCAGAAGAGCCAGAAGAGCCAGAAGAGCCAGAAGAUAGUGCUCAGGUAGCGCAUCAAACGGAAACCAACGCGUCUGUACUUACCUCUCCUAACUCGCCCGGUUCGCUAGCCAGCGAUUCUUCAUCUGGCACACUAGUGGACAGUGAGGACUCAUAUCGAUCGUCUGUCGACGCGUCUAUUUUGGCCCCUCCAAAUUUUGCGACGAUUUCUGCUGGAUCGGAGGUUAAUUCACUUGGAUGUGCACCCAUAUCGGCGCAAUCUUCUUCUAAUACCUCAGGUUCCACCGACACUCCCACAACAUAUACUGUGACUGCGGAGUCCUCUGUGUCAGUCUUUUAUUCUCUUCUUGGGGCGACUCACAGUAUGAACGACCUUUCCGCGUCCGCGAACGCUACGACAAGAAUAGGCUCGGUUAGAUUUUCAAACAUUGCCGCUGUCCAGCAUCCCGACGGUACCACGUCCCAACAACCUGCAAAUCUUCCGCCGUCUUCACCUCCUCAAGUCCCGAUGUCCGACCCGACCCAACCGGGACCCGAUCCUGCAAUCGCUGCAGCUGCGCCACCUCCUGGUGGUCCGCCCCCGACUCCUCCUGUGGUUCCGGCUGCAGCUGCAGCACCAGACCCUAACCAGAACGCCGCUUUCCCCCCUUUUCCAGCUUCCGCGCAGCCCCCAGCUGCUGCGUAUCCCCCGUUUAAUCCUCCUCACGUCAUAUCAAACAUCGCUCCUCCGAUCGGACCCAGCGCUAGUCCCGCCAUACCGAAUUUUAGUGGUCGACCUAUCAUUAUCCUGAACGGUACUCCAACACCCGCCAAUAUCCAGACUGUCCCCUUUGGUAAUAUGAAUGUCAACCCCCAGCAACAGCAACAGCAGCAGCAGCAACAGCCUUAUCUCUGGGUCAACCCACCGAUGGUAGCUCCUUCAGUGCCUGCUCCACCGCCUGGUGCUCAAGGCUACCCCAGUCAAUCGCCCUUCUGGGCCGGUGCAUUAGCCAACCAGACAAGCCCUCCCCCGCAGUUCUACACAGCGGAGCAAGCGUACAUCGCGGAGCCUGCCUACAUCGUGGGCGCCGCGCCGCAGCCGCCGCCGGCCCCGAGCCCGCAGGUACAGUACUAUGUUAAUGGCACGACGGGGCCGUUUGUGUAUUACAUGCAGUAAAUACGGCGGCAUUUUACACUAUAAUUACGGUGCUGGUG